UGGAUUACAACAGCAAGCUGUUUUGUACUUUUUUAUAUCUGCAUCACAUCGGAGUUUUCAAACUUCUAAACUUUAGCCUAGGCCGUAAAUCAGAAGUACCGACGACCGAUCAUAUUUGUUUUGGACAAUGAAUUACCCGUGACGACAACACGUCUCAUAAGGUUUCUUCCGGAGUUCAUUCAAGGCUAGGAAAGCUAUCGUCUUCGGUCCCCACUGCCUCUAUACAUGUAUGAACAAUCAAUUUGAUACACGUAGUUAAUCAUUAGACAUAGACAAUAUACACUCGCCAUGCCUCUUAUGUUAUAAAGCUAGGCUCGGUACGGUCGUGUUGACACACUGGUUGUUACCACGGGAAUAUACUCAUCCAGGCCAGUACCGUCUUUAGAGUAAAGUUAAAGAGCUGCAUACAUAUUCGAUUUUAAUAUAAUUAUCAAUGAGUUCUGUUAUGCGGAGCGUAAAACCUGCCGGACAGGUACUGGCCUUCCUGCUCCGCCAGCGAGCGUCAGCCUGGGUCUCCACUUGUGCUCUUAACAGCAGAGGGCUCCCUCGACCCGGGGAAUACCGCGGAUCCCUCCCCGGUACGGUCAGCUGCAGAACAUUAUGCUCAAGGAUGGCGCUGAGAGAAGGACUCGUCUUCAGACAGAGGUUAUGGUGUGAGAUGUUGCGGACAGAACAACAAAGUCAGCCACUAAACAUGGCUCAUUCACCAUAGAACUCAUGAAGCUUUACGAGUCCAGCAGCAGUACCUACACUUACCUACUGGCGGACUCUGAAAGUGCAGAGGCCGUAAUCAUUGACCCCGUCUUGGAGACGGUGGAGCGUGACCUGAUGCUAGUCAACCAACUGGGGCUAACGCUUAAGAUGGCAGUGAACACCCACUGCCACGCGGACCACAUCACGGGCAGUGGGCAGCUGAAGCGCCGCGUGACGGGGCUCCAGAGCGCCAUCUCGAGGCACAGCGGGGCGUCCGCUGACCUCCUGCUGUCGGAGGGAGACACCAUCUCCUUCGGCCGACACGUGUUGACGGUUCGGGAGACUCCAGGCCACACGGACGGCUGUGUCACCCUGGUGCUGGGCGACCAGAGCUUGGCUUUCACCGGAGACACCCUGCUCAUCCGAGGCUGUGGACGGACAGACUUCCAGCAGGGCUGUGCCAAGCGUCUCUACGACUCCGUGCACAAGAAGAUCUUCACGCUGCCGGACCAGUGUCUUGUCUACCCAGCGCACGACUACAAAGGUCAGACGGUGUCGACAGUAGGGGAGGAGCGGCGGUUUAACCCUCGCCUCACCAAGAAUCUGGAGGAGUUCGUAGACAUCAUGAACAAUCUGAACCUGCAGAAGCCGGCAAAGAUAGACGUUGCAGUUCCCGCUAAUCUGGUUUGUGGGCUCCACGACGUCUGACCGCAUCUCCAGCAGCAGUUGCUUUUUAUUUGAGUGUGACUUUGAUAUUAAUGAACAUGUGCGUUAAUGAUUGUGAAACGUCUUCUCAUAAUUCCAUGUUAUAAAAUGUGUAACCUUUGCGGGAAAGAGGAAAUCAUGACAAUACAAUAACAAUAUUCGCGUGUAGAAAUGAUGUGUAAAUAAAUACCACAAUCAUCAAAUAAUUAAACUAAA